UUUUCAAUUCUCCAGGUCAUUUGGUUUCUCACAUGCGUUCUCAUUCCGGUGAGAAGCCACACGCUUGUACAUUAUGCAGUAAGGCUUUUGUGGAAAGGGGCAAUUUGAAACGUCAUAUGAAAAUGAAUCAUCCAAAUGCUCCAAUGCCACCUCCACCAGUGCCACAUCCCAUAAUACCAGCCGGUGUAUUGCCGCAGAUAAAACAAGAAAUAAAACCAGUUUUAAGUGAAUUAACUCCAUUGCAAACAGCUCCCAUUGCACAUACCAUACAACAUAUAACAGCUGGUGCUGGAGGUAAUACAGUGCAAUUGGCCACAGGACUGGUGCCUUUGGUAACAUCGACCAUAACAUCUCAUGCCACGCAGAAACAAGCGCCUCCAUCACAAGCCCAGCCGGCUGCUCAGCAGCAACAACAGUUGCAACAGCAGCAGCAACAGGUGGUGAACAGUCAUCAGCAACAACAACAACAGGCCGCUGCGGCUGCGGCAGCUGCAGCCCAUCAAUUGCAACAACAUCAGCAGCAGCACCAACAACAUCAGCUAAUGCAAUUAUCUUUGCAACAAGCAGCUGCUGCUGCGGCAGCUCAACAACAAUUGCAACAACAUCAGGAACAGCAAAGACAACAUCAUCAGCAGCAGCAGCAACAACAACAGCAACAAAAUCAACAACAAGCUCAUCAUCAGCAAGCAGCUAGCAAUGUUGUUGUUGCCUCAGCCCAUCAAGCCAAUCAACAACAGGCCAACCAACAGCAGCAAGCGCAACAGCAACAACAACCACCACCACAAGUGCCAAUCGCUUUAAUACAAGAUCCUGAAUUGGCCCGUGCUGCCAUGCAACAAUUGCAACACAUGCCGCCGCCUAAUGUUGAACAACAUCCAGUUGUUUACUAACAACAAAAGCAAAAUGCUAAUAUCAUAAUAUGGUAAAGGCAAGGAUAUAUGAAAUAAAUUAUAAGAAAAGCAAAACUAAUAAUAAAAAGAAAUAAAUAAUAACAAGAUGAAGUGAAAAGGAGAACAUUAAAUUUCCUUAGGGAUUUUAGAAUAAAAAAAACCUCUAUUAAUUGUGGAUUUCUUUCAUGUAUAUUUUUUAUAAAACUUUCUAUUCUGUAUUUUUUUUUUAUUGUAUAAUAUCUAUUUAUUUUUUUUUUAAUAUUUUAUAUGGUGUGUGUGUGAAUGUGAAAUUUUAUGACCUCUAAAAGAGCUAAAUUAUAUUGCAUUUUUUCCCUUUUUUCUUGAAAGAUGAUUUAAUAUUUUUUAAACAACAAAAAAGUUUUACAAGCUAUUGGUUUUGAAUUUCCUAUUGAAGUUCAUACUUGGAUAUUCAAGAACAUUUGAAGUUAUUUCGAACCUAUAAAAGGAUAUUGCCGGAGUAGAACUUUGAUAAUUUUGAAUAAGCAAUGGAACUGCUGAGUCUAUGUACAGGCAUAAUAAAAUAUCUCAGUAGCUUAAAGAAAUUGCUCGGUACAUGUUUCAAAAAUAUGUGUGUAUAAAUAGAAAAAUAGACAGACUCUUUGAAUAUAAAAACUUGUAAUUAAAGAAGGAUCUUUAUUUGAAUAGUGGAUAUGUAUUUAAAAAAAAUAUUCUUACUAAUUAUUGAGCAUGGAUUUUAAAAGCUUUGGACUGGAAGAACCCUAAAAGACUUUAGUGAAUGCAAAAGUUUGACAACUUCUGUCAAGCAUAAGAUCAACAAAUAUGAGGUAAAAGUUUCACACAUUCACAUACAUAUAUCACAACAGAUUAUUUUUAUUUUUAUCAUCUCAUUUGUGCAAUUAUUGUAUACAUAGUUCUUUUUUCGAAUCAAGUAGCUGGGCUACCUAAAAAAUAUAAUCAAGAGCAUGUUUCAUAGAAACAGGAAAACAAAAUUGCUCCAAAAAUUUGCAACUCUUACGAUUUGAAUAAGAAAUCCACAAACAAAAUUCCACACUUCCCGUUUAAACAAAAUCCCCAAAAAGAAAUUGUUUAUUCUCCUUUUCUCACUUUUAAAUAGGCUUUAAAACAUAUUAUUUAUAUACACAAGAAGUUAUUUUACAUAUAAAUAAAAAAAAUAACUAUUAGUUUUUAGCAUUAGAAACACACAAAACCAACAAACUUCCCCCUUCUCCUCACAUUAACAUUUAAGAUUAAUUGGUAAUGAAUAAUGAAAACAAACACAACCCAGCCUAAAAGUAAUUCUGAAUUAAUUUCAGUAGAGCAUUAAUUAUAUUAACAGUAAUAUAUAAUAAAAAAUAUAUAUAAAUACAUUAAACAUGUUUUUUUUUAAUUUCUUCAAUCUCUGUUUCCUUCUUCUUCUGUUUUGUUAACCAAAUUGAUAUGACUUUCUCUUUCACACCAACAAAAUUGUUAUUGCUUUAAAAACGGCAAAAAAAGAAACCUAACAAAUAUUUUGGUUCCAGAAAAAAUGUAUUAAAACUUUGCAUUUCUCCAACUAUUCUAUCCCACACGAAUAUUAUUUCAAAGUGUUAAAUUGCAAAAAAAAAGAAACUUAACAACCACACACACACAUGUAAUAACGCAUAUAUUAUGAUGGUAUAUACAUACAAUAUAUAAAUAAAUAACACUUAUAUCUAACCAAUUGUUUAAAACAAGUAAAAAAUGAUUUUUUUACACAACAACAACAUAACAAGAAAAAAAAUUGUUUAGUUUUUAAAAAUAAAGAAAAAUAAUAUAAAAAUAUUAAAACAAAAUUGGAACUAUAUAUUCUAUAUUUUAUUAAUAAUUAAUUAAUCCUCUUAAAAAUAAAACACAAGCAUACGACACAUCCCCACAAACACCACCCCCCACCACCAUCAACAUUUAGUUUGUUAGUAUUUGUAUUUGAAUCAUAAGUAUAUAAUUUGAAAUACCUAUUAUUAAUAUACAUUAAUAAAUAUAUGCUUUAAUAUUAAAAAAAACUGAAAAACAAAAUUAUAUAUAACACAUACAUUUUAAAAACAAUACAUUUGAUGUUAAAUAAAACAAAAAAAAAAAAAACAAACACCUUACAUUAUUUACAUACAUGGUGCUUCAGGCAAAAAAAAAUAGGAAAACCAGAUACAUACUUGUAAAGUGAAGUUUGAGGAGAAUGUAGCUCCUAUUUUCGUGCAAUACCAUUUUGGAAACAACAGUCAUUAUCUUUUCACUGCGUAUUUGUGCACCACUUUAAAUACCAGUAAAACGCCAGCUAUUCUUCCACAAUGUUAUGGCUUUUCAGAAUGAGUAAUGGAUUGGUGGUCAUAAGAAGCUUGCUCCUCUCGGCAUCAGUGCCAUUCUAUGACUUUUAAUUCACUCAAAAAAAAAUUUUUUUUUUAAGGAAAUCUACAAAUUUCAUUUCCAAAAAGUUGUAUUAUUGCCCGGCUAUUGAAAACAACAACGACAGCGAAAUUAAGUAUCUGAAACAAAAACUGUAGAUGGAGUUUUUUCAUAAAAAAUAGGUUUUGACAAUGGUGUAUUUUAUUUGUACAUAGCUCCAGAAAUACUUUUUUAUAUUUUCAAACUAGAACAACGGAAUUUACUCUUUCUCACACAAUCAAUUUUUUUCGAAUCAGGAUAACAUAUUCUCAAAGACUUUUACAUUUAUUUUUAAGUGGGAGUAACUUCUAAGCCUAAAGGGAAUCACAUUCAAGGGAUUCAAUUAGUUUUAACCAAAUGGCGCUCAAUGCAAAUUUCAUGACAGUCAAAGCCUUCCUAAGAAUCUAUGGUUACCAUAACAUCAAUUAUUACAGUUGUUGAUAUAUUUUUGAACGCGAGUCAUAAAUGGUUUAAUUUUCGAAAAUAAAAAAUAUUUAAAAUUCAUGAUGUAAUGCUUUUAGAAUCGCCUUUAGAAAGAGUGUCUUCAAUAUUAUUAUCGCCUUUUAAUCGUUUCGUUAGUGGAACAAAUUAAAUGGAGAUAGGUUUCUACAAACUAAGACCUUUUAUAUAUCUCCCACAGAUAUUUUUUAUCCGUCCGGUUAGUAAUGGAACAUAAUUUUAAUCAAAUGGCUGGCCAUGUAGUAGCCUAUACGAUUGGUCCAAUUUUAAAGCACAUUAUCGAUUGUUGUGCAGCUGCAUUUCAUCAAUGGCUUCACGAAUAUUGUCCUUUAAAGCGUCAAUUGUCUCUGGCUUAUGGGCGUAACUCUUAUAUUUGAUGGCACAAAUAAUAGUCCGACGGUGUCAAAUCGCAUGGCCUAAAACAUCGCGUGUAGCUUCGGUUGUUGUCAAUAUCGUACUCUUCAAUUGUUGGAAACAAAAAUUCGCUGGCAUAGACUAAUAAUGUAAAAGCCACUCGAAGAAAAAUUACCCAAUUAUGCUACCGGACCAAAAUCCCCACCAAUCGUUAUGACUUUCAAUCAGGGCUAUUUAAAACUGCGCAUCACCGAAAAUUUAGAAAAAAAUAAUAAUAAAAAAUACUUUUCUUCAACUUUAAAAAAAAAUUCUCUUCAAUUACUAUUUCAAAAAAUCAUCUGAAAUAUCAGUGUAAUUUGUUAAAAAAACAACGCUUAUUUAUAAUUGUGGGGAAAUGGCAACGUUUACCAAGAGGUAUGGAAAAAUUCUCAUUCAUUCUGCUGUUAUAUAUAUUUUUCAAUUUCGCUAUUAUUCUACAUUGGUGUAUUUCUUCAAGCGGUAAUGUAUGUCAUCGCUUAUUUUGUAUGGUUCUUUCACUUCUUCACAAUUAAUGGGAGCUCCCAUUCACAAAGGGAAUGCGAAUUCCCAUUCACAUUGAUUUACUAUUACCACAUUAUGGGAACAAAUAAAAUCAGCUGAUAUUUUCGAACAUUAAAUUAUAUUUGCUGAUGUAGAUUUAAAUUUAUAAAAUUUUCAUUUAAAAAAAAAAAAUCCAUACAAUUUCAAAGGAAAUAAAUGUUACUAAAUUUGAAAAAAAUAUUCCCAUUUCGUUUCAUAAUACGGGAAUUCACAUUCGAACACCGCAAUUUGGGAAAAAAUUAUAAUAACAACAUUAGGAAAUGGAAACAACAUUUAUGGAUAAUUAUUUUCACAAUAGGGGCGAUUGAGAAUUCCUAAUUAUUCAGAACUCGCUACAUUCUAAAUAAUUUCAUUUUGCAAGUACAUAUCAAUUUUUUAGUUACUGAAGCACAUACGUUAUUAUUAAAAAAAAGAAGAAUAAGUAAAGGUAAAAAAAAACGCGUAAAUCCACUAGAGCAAGAAAAAAAGUUAGGACCCCCGUAUAAAAACAUUAUUAUACGUAUAAAAACAUUAUUAACCCAUUUUAAUUGUCAUCUUAACAUUAGUAAUGAAGGGAUACACACUUUCGAUAUAUAGAUAUGAUUAAAAUGCCGUCUCUCCUCCCAUUUACAAAAAGAGCAUAGAUGCAAAGAACUUAGAACUUGGUUUCGUUUGUUGUUGUAUCCACCAAUAAUGUGUAGUGUAACAUUGUAAUUGUACUAAUUAUUUAGUAUUUAAGUUUUUUUUUUGUUUUUAGUAUUUACCAGCAACAAAAUUAUUAUGUAAUUAUAAAUAAUUGAAUGCAUACAUCUAUACAUAUAUAAAACAAAAAAAUAAUAAUAUACAUAAAUUGAUUGUGUUUAAUUUUUGAUUGGAAAGAUUUUAUUUCAUAUUUUGUUACAGCCAAAUGACCAUAGUGAUAAUGGGAUCUAAGUCUAAUUAAAAGUUUCGGAGUUUCAAUUUUCCAUCUGCUUUAAAUGACCAAAAUUAUAUGUCCCGUAAAACCUAUCAAACUUCUACUUCCCAUCCCUCUCUCUCUCUUAUGCGAUAAUACAGAACAUCUAUAUUUGGCGACACACCCAGCAAUCAUUUCCAAACUAACUUUUCCAUGAACAUUUACAAAAAAAGUUAGAAAAGUAAGCAUUUUAGUGUCCCUUCCUGCUAACGUUGCUGUCUGAAGUAGAUGUAUCUAUCAGUUACGUAAUUGAAACCAAUUCGAUUUAACUUGUGGAGUUGAAGUUUUCUUUUUGGCAGAAUGUCUAAUUUUAAAAUACAGUAAAUCGAUAUAUGCCAAAUUAAGUCGGGAUUCAACACAUACCUAGGUAUCAAACAACUGUCAUUAAUUUUGGAAGAUGGAUUUCCCUACAAUAAUCUGUAAUAAUGUGAUUUUAAACCAUAACUUUUUUCCAAGGCAGAGAGGGUAGGCCUGUCGUAGCAAAAUCACUGGCUUUAGUGCAAAAUCACUGGCUUUAGUGCAUCCUAAAUAGCGCAUGGUUGAAUCUAAUACUGGCAACUCUGUAUGUUGUUUUUUUUUAUUUAAUGCAAAAUUUCUUUGUUAUUAUCUUCCAAACUUUGUGUUUAAUUUCUUUUCUCUAAAAACCCCCAAACACAUAUGCAAUAUAUUCGAUUUCACUCCCAUACAACGGGAAUUGGGUUAAUUUCUACUCAAAAUUGCCUAAAUUUUAAACAAUUAUGUAUACACAAAAAUAAGUUGAAUGAAAUUACACAAUUACAAUUCACCCAAUUCCCCUUUCUAUGGCCAUCAAAAAACUACCUUUGUUCCAAAGAAGCAGGGAUCAAAUGAAAUAAUUUUUAAAUAAAACAACAAAUACACCAUAGAAAAUCAUCAACUAGUUUCCUAGAUGCAAUAACAUAUAAAUAAAACAAAAUAUAUACAUAUAUAGUAACUUGCAUAUUUACAACAGAGAUAUAAAUAAAAAGAAAAAACAUAAAUAAAUAUAUACAUCAAGUGCAUCCAAUAUAGCUAUAACAAAAAAAAAAACAACUAACAAAAUAUAUAUUCUUAUAAAGCAUAUAACUAAUAUGAAGAAAAAAAAACAACAAUAAUACCUACCUAUACAAGAAAAUAGUACACUUCCACACAGAUGAUGUAUACGUUACACUGGCGUUUCACGAAAAAGAUAUAAAAAUAGAAUGCAAUGUUAAGACAAAUUAAUAGUUUUGGUUAUAAAAGUUGAGACAGAAUUUUAACAUGUACACCUUAGUUCAAUAACUGUUGGUCUUGGCCACUAAUUUGUUGAAAACAUCUAUUUUAUCAACAGAUCCAAAUUCUGGCAAUAAGACAUUUAGUUUUAUCAUUUCCCAGACAAAUUACUGAAAGUGCUUCUUCUUGCUUACUAUCUAAUGCAGGUUUUCAGAGCAGCUUCAACUUCCCCCAUACAGAAAUUUAAUCUUUUCAAGUUCCUUCAAAGAUAGGAUUCCUUACCAUUAACCAAAAGUGUUUAAACAUGUACAGUUUUUCGAGAUAUAAUUGAAAUUUAGACAUAGUACUUUUUUCAUAUGUUUGUGUUUUAAAUAGAAAACCUAUAAGUCUUCCAUAUUUGGUUUCCCUUUUUGUAGGCCUUUUACAGUUGAAAGGCCUUUCAACGAGUUUUCUCCAGUUAGACUACUUGCUAUAUUCUUUGUUAAGGAACCUUCUGUGGGUCCUCUAGUGAGCGAACAUUUUCAGUAGUUCUUCCGAAGAUAGGAGACAUAAAUAGUUGACGAUAUUACAGAUUUGAAAAUCGUUCUGAUUUAAGGGAAACUUCCAUAGAUCUUCUUGUGAAAGAAAACCUAUCACUAGUUCUUUUAAAACAGAAGGCCUAAUUGGAUGUUUUUUGAAGAGUCUUAACCAUAUUGGCCACAUAAAAAAAAUUUUAGAAGACCUCUACACAUAGACCUCAUAAAAUUCUACUUCGAUCUUUUACAGGGAUAAAACCUGAGGAUGACGAGAGUCAACCUUUGAGGUUGUUUUAGCCUGGGUCAAUCAUCGGAUUCCGAUAUUCUGGCUUUUAGUAAAUAAAUAUAGAGCCUGUAAUGACCUCGGAGCCAUAAAAUUCUUUAGCCAACCUCUCUGUCUUUUCAGGUUUGUAAAUUGAAGCCAACUCUUUGCUUUCCGUAUUAAUUUUUGGAGUCACUUGUUUAUGACAUCCCUUUCGCCAAUGUCCGAUGGCUUUCGUUCAGAAUUAGUCAACGAAUUUUAUUGGUGUUCCUCUCAGGGUGCCCUGUGUCAAUGGCAGCAAGUUGUAGAUGGUGUUUUACAAUUCUAUGGAAGCUAUUGUUCUUUCAUUCCGUUUUGAGAUUUGCUAAUCAGAUUUAAAGAGAUGUGCAGAUUUGCUUGUCAAAGUCUUCUCAAGUUUUAGUGAAAACACCUCCUGGUUUAGUAUUUGUUUAAAUUUAAUGAAAUAUUCAACGGGAGUUGCUCCUACAUAGCUGUACAUGAUCCUCACUGCUUCCUCCCUCUCAGAGACAGUUUCCUGGAUAUAAGCUUUCUGUAAAAGUUCGACGAUCUUUUACUUUUCCUACAUGUUUUGGUCUUCUUGUUGUCGAUACAACCGGACAACAUUGCAUGUUACCGAACCCCCCUCAAAUGAAGAGUACGGCAUCAUCGUGUUUGGCCGGUUCUCAGAUUUAUAUGGUCUGUGACCCUCAGUCCCUCGUAUCUAUAAUGGUCCGGAAAACAAGGUCGAAAUACCAACCUGGUUGAUUCGUAGGAAAACAUGUUUGUCAAUAGAAUUAGUAACUGGUAUACUCAGUUUUUCCACAACGCUAUUGAUAAGAGUGGCUUCGUCCGGUCGUCGCUUGAACUGCGGCAUUGGUAACCAUGGUGUGUGUGGAGCCUUUAAAUAGUUCGUCCAUUUAGCAUUAUAACUCGCAAUUAUUGCUUAUUUUGAUUCGAAGGACCAGUUGAAGCACACGAUAGCAUUAACUCAUUAGCAUGAGUUUAUUAAAAUCUUGUUCUUUUCGGAAAACAACAUUGGGAGGAUAUAUUUGUUCUGUGUCCCUAGGUUACAAUGUCAGAUUUAUUUCAAUUGUAUACCUUUACUCCCAUAUUUAUUUCCACCUUUAAAGAUCUUCUUAUAUCUGACAUGAAAAUGAGAAAAUGCGAGGUUUUUGGAAUAAAUCUUUAGAAGUUCUGUACGUCUCACCCUUGUUUUUGUUUCGAAAUAAAUAUAAGCUUCGAUUGACAUUACAUUACCAGUACCAAAUCAUCAGCAUCAUCCAAUUACAAAAGGUUAACAAAUCAAUUACCAAUAAAUAUUGUUUAGAUUUAAAAA